GCGGGGCAUGGGCUGCGGCGUGCGAGCCGAGCGGCCGGCCGAGCCCCGCCGAGGCCCGAGCCCACCCGAGUGCGCCCGAGCCAGCGGCCCCCGCCCGGGGCGAUGGAGCCGGAGCCCGGCGGGGCGGCCGCUGCGCUUCUGCGGCAGAAGAGGGCGGCGCUGCGGCGCAGGGGGUGCAGCUUCGAGAGCCCCAGCUCGGCGCCUCAGCCUCCAGGCCCACCGAUGGAUCCGCUGAGCAAGGGGUCCUGUCGGAGUCAGAUGGCGCAAACCCUUCUAUGGAAAGCCAAGUCGUCUCUGUCCUUCGGCAUCCAGCCUCUGCAGUCAUGGCCAACAGAAGACCCUGAAGUAGAGUCCCAGGUCAACCUCUCUGUCUCGGAAGACCUAGGCUGUAGACGUGGGGAUUUCAGUAGGAAACAUUAUGGAUCUGUGGAGCUGCUUAUUUCCAGUGAUGCUGAUGGUGCCAUCCAAAGGGCUGGAAGAUUCAGAGUGGAAAAUGGCUCUUCAGAUGAGAAUGCAACCGCUCUGCCCGGGACAUGGCGAAGAACAGACGUGCACUUAGAGAACCCAGAAUACCACACCAGAUGGUAUUUCAAGUAUUUUUUAGGACAAGUCCAUCAGAAUUAUAUUGGAAAUGAUGCCGAGAAGAGCCCCUUCUUCCUGUCCGUGACCCUCUCUGACCAAAACAAUCAGCGUGUCCCUCAAUACCGAGCAAUUCUUUGGAGGAAAACAGGUACCCAGAAAAUAUGCCUUCCGUACAGUCCCACAAAAACUCUCUCUGUGAAGUCCAUCUUAAGUGCCAUGAACCUGGACAAAUUUGAGAAAGGGCCCAGAGAAAUUUUUCAUCCCGAGAUCCAAAAGGACUUGCUGGUCCUUGAAGAACAAGAGGGCUCUGUGAAUUUCAAGUUUGGGGUUCUCUUUGCCAAAGACGGGCAGCUCACGGACGAUGAGAUGCUCAGCAAUGAAAUUGGAAGUGAUGCUUUUCAAAAAUUUUUAAAUCUUCUGGGUGACAAAAUCACCCUAAAGGGCUGGACAGGCUACCGCGGCGGUCUGGACACCAAAAAUGACACCACAGGGACCCAUUCAGUUUAUACUGUAUACCACGGGCACGAGAUCAUGUUUCACGUCUCCACCAUGUUGCCAUAUUCCAAAGAGAACAAACAGCAGGUGGAGAGGAAGCGCCACAUUGGAAAUGACAUCGUCACCAUUGUGUUCCAGGAGGGAGAGGAGCCUUCUCCUGCCUUUAAGCCUUCCAUGAUCCGCUCCCACUUUACACAUAUUUUUGCCUUAGUGAGGUAUGAUCAACAAAAUGACAAUUACAGGCUGAAAAUAUUUUCGGAAGAAAGUGUACCACUCUUUGGCCCCCCCUUGCCAUCCCCCCCGGUGUUUACAGACCACCAGGAAUUCAGGGACUUUUUGCUAGUGAAACUAAUUAAUGGUGAAAAAGCCACUUUGGAAACCCCAACAUUUGCCCAGAAACGUCGACGUACUCUGGAUAUGUUGAUUCGAUCUUUAUACCAGGAUUUGAUGCCAGAUUUGCAUAAGAACAUGCUCAAUAGACGGUCUUUCAGUGACGUCUUACCAGAGUCACCCAAGUCGGCACGGAAGAAAGAGGAGGCCCGCCAGGCGGAGUUUGUCAGAAUAGGGCAGGCACUAAAACUGAAGUCCAUCGUGAGAGGGGACGCUCCGUCAAGUUUGGUGGCUUCAGGGAUCUGUAAAAAAGAGCCUUGGGAGCCCCAGUGUUUCUGCAGUAAUUUCCCUCAUGAAGCCGUGUGUGCGGAUCCCUGGGGCCAGGCCCUGCUGGUUUCCACGGAUGCUGGUGUCUUGCUAGUGGACGAUGACCUCCCGUCAGUGCCCGUGUUUGACAAAACCCUUCCGGUGAAGCAGAUGCACGUGCUCGAGACUCUGGACCUCCUGAUCCUCAGAGCAGACAAAGGGAAAGACGCUCGCCUCUUCGUCUUCAGGCUCAGCGCUGUGCACAAGGCCAUCGAGAGCAAACAGCCCGUGAAGAGCAGGUGUGACUGCAGGGACAACAAGCUGGAGAAGACAAAAGGCUGCCACCUCUACGCCAUUAACACUCACCACAGCAGAGAGCUGAGGAUAGUCGUCGCCAUCCGGAACAAACUGCUCCUGAUCACGAGGAAACACAACAAGCCGGGCGGGCUGGCCGGCAUCUCCCUGCUGUCGCCCCUGUCGGAGUCACCCGUGGAGGAAUUCCAGUACAUACGGGAGAUCUGUCUGUCCGACUCUCCCGCGGUGAUGACCUUAGUAGAUGGGCCAACCGAGGAGAGUGACAAUCUCAUCUGUGUGGCUUACCGACACCAGUUUGACGUGGUGAAUGAGAGCACGGGGGAGGCCUUCCGGCUGCACCACGUGGAGGCCAGCAGGGUUAAUUUCGUGGCAGCUAUUGAUGUGUACGAAGAUGGAGAAGCCGGGCUGCUCUUGUGCUACAACUACAGUUGCAUCUAUAAAAAGGUUUGCCCGUUUAAUGGGGGCUCUUUUUUGGUUCAACCCUCUGCGUCAGAUUUCCAGUUCUGUUGGAACCAGGCUCCUUACGCGAUUGUAUGUGCUUUCCCAUACCUCCUGGCCUUCACCACCGACUCCAUGGAGAUCCGCCUGGUGGUCAACGGGAACCUGGUCCACACGGCAGUCGUGCCACAGCUGCAGCUCGUGGCCUCCAGGUCGGAUAUUUACUUCACAGCAACCACUGCUGUGAACGAGGUCUCGUCUGGAGGUAGCUCCAAGGGGGCCAGUGCCCAUAAUUCUCCGCAGACACCCCCAGGCCGAGAUACUCCAGUGUUUCCUUCUUCCCUGGGGGAAGGUGAAACUCCAUCCAAAAAUCUGUACAAGAUUCCGCUCAGAAACCUUGUGGGCAGAAGCAUCGAACGACCUCUGAAGUCGCCUCUGGUCUCCAAGGCCGUCACCCCUCCCACGGCCAUCGGCCUAGGCAUCGCCGCCAUUCCCGUCACUCACUCCCUGUCCCUGUCCCGCAUGGAGAUUAAAGAAAUAGCCAGCAGGACACGCAGGGAAUUGCUGGGCCUCUCUGAUGAAGCUGGACCCAGGUCAGAAGGAGCACCAAAGCCCAAAUCAAAAGCCCGGAAGCAAUUAGAAGAAAGCCAAGGAGGCCCAAAGCCAGGGACAGCGAGAUCAACUAGCAGUGACAGGAUCACCACGGCCUCCUUGGAAAGUCCUUCUGCUCCAGAAGCCAACUCCGAGGGGCGCUACCACUCAACGGGCUCUGACCAGGACCCUGUGGCGGACAGAGAAGGCAGCCCUGUGUGGGGCAGCAGCCCCUUUCAGCUCACAGCCUCCUCGGAUGAAGACAUUAUUGACCUGAAAUAAACAGGGUCCGGAUUGAGUUUGCCAUCUUUAAUUUUUCUUAUGGAGGUUUAUACUCUUUAACCAAUUCUGACAGCAUUUCUCAACAAAAUGUGGCUUUUAGCCCACCCAUGAUCUACUGGACCAAACCUUCUGCACACCUGGACGGUUUGGGUCUCUCCAAUGUCCGGUGCCAUCUCCCUUGACCUUAGUUUCUUUCUGUUCAGGAACCAUCCGUCCCCUUGUAAUAAAGGUGGUAGAUUUCAUUGCGGUUUUAGAUUGAAACUUUGAAUAAAUCAAAAAUGUUCAUUCUUA